ACAACACAGCACCGUAGGACACCGCCAAGAUUAGUUUGAUGGCUAACUCAACAAUAUAGCUGGGCUUGUAGUGGCUCCGCUAGCUAACCUCCAUAGCGAGCUAGCUAGCCUGCCUCACACCACCACCCUCACUCCCAGCCAGCACCAGGCUUCACCCGAAACGGGUGUUUACGACCUCUAAAGUAGCAACAAAGCCAAAACUUAUAAUGACGACACGAAGUGUGGAAACUUAGCUGAGUUUCAGUUCUGUAAUGAAGCGAAUGUGGAGGAUCUGAACUGUCCAUCUUCCUCCAGGGAAAGUAGACCAGAAGCUGAAACGUGCAGUGGGGAAGACGCUCUUGCAGCCUCUGCAAGAGCCAAACAUGAUGGCAAGAGAUGGUGGCCUCAAAGAAACCAGUGGAGAGCUGAAGGUUUUUACCACUCAGAACGUGAGUCCUGGAACAGGUGCUGUGGUGUCUCUCGUGACUGUCCAUCCUUCUUCUGUCACCGGAGUGAAGCAGAUAAUGCCUAAAGCGCUCGGUGCCCCUGGCGUUAAUGUGCUUUCACAUGUGGUGAUCGGCACUCCUCAGAGGCCCACUGCUCCUGCUGGUGCUGCUCUAUUAACCAGCCCCAGAACUCCCAGUGCUCAGUUCCUCACACCACAGACACACACGCGAGAGUCUUCGCCCUGGUCCAGUGGACGCAGCAGUAGAAGAGGGGACAAGAAUGGGAAAGGCUUGAGACAUUUCUCCAUGAAGGUAUGCGAGAAGGUUCAGAAGAAAGGUGUAACCUCCUAUAAUGAGGUCGCAGACGAGCUGGUGACUGAGCUGAGUUCUGGAGACAACAUCUCUCCCAAUGAAUCCCAUGUUUAUGACCAGAAGAACAUUCGGAGGCGGGUAUAUGAUGCACUAAAUGUCCUAAUGGCGAUGAACAUCAUCUCCAAAGACAAGAAGGAAAUCAAAUGGAUCGGCUUCCCAACCAAUUCUGCUCAGGAGUGCAAGGAACUGGAGGCUGAGCGCCAGAGACGACUUGAAAGAAUCAAGCAGAAACAGUCCCAGCUUCAAGAGCUUAUACUACAGCAAAUAGCCUUCAAGCGCCUAGUGCAAAGGAAUCGCGAGGCAGAGCAGAAGAACCACAGACCUCCUCCCAAUACGGUCAUCCACCUCCCCUUCAUCAUUGUGAACACCAGCAAGAAGACAGUCAUCGACUGCAGCAUCUCAAAUGACAAGUUUGAAUACCUGUUUAACUUUGACAACAUGUUUGAGAUCCACGAUGACAUCGAGGUGCUGAAGCGCAUGGGCAUGGCGUUUGGGCUCGAGUCAGGCAAAUGUACGCCAGAAAAUCUGAAGAUAGCCCGGACCCUUGUACCUAAAGCUCUGGAACCGUAUGUAACAGAUAUGGCACAAGGCAUCCACAAACAGCCCAAUGGAGGCUAUUCUCGUACAAACAGUGAUAACGGAGCUGUUGCCACUGUGGCCUCCAGCUCCAACAGCUCAUACCAUGGCAGCUCUCGUGAUACUCCAGCAUCCUUCCUGGAAGACGAGGAGGAGGAGGAUGAUGAGGAUGACGAGGACUUUGAUGAUGACGAUGAUGAAGAUUAACUCCUUUGCCCUGCCUUUGCGUUAGUCUGCACCGCCUGCAGCAUGGCGGUGUGUGUGGAGUGAGAUGUAUGUUCUAAUAAGAGGUUUCUGUUCUUCUGUGGCCUCUACAAAUCCUCAUAUGGUUGUAUGUUCUAGCAACCCUUCACAGUCUGCUGAGCAAAGUGCAGCUGCCUUGUAAAGGACCUCAGUGGUGCUUUGGAAACAGACUUUUUUUUUUUUCAGUGUUUUUUGUUUUGUUUUGUUUUGUUUUGUUGUUUUUUUCCCCUUUUUAUCCCCCUUUAACUGUUUAUGAUUCUGUUGAAACACUUUUUGCAUUCUGUUGGAAGUUGAGACCUAAUGCUCAUGUGAUCACUUUUCCUGUCCAAAGAUUCAUACAUGAAUUGUAAUAUGGAAAGCCAUUUUCUUAACAUUCAGCUUGAUGUGGCAGAUUUUUUUUUUAACUGUUCCCUUACUUCUUUUCAUACAGGCAACUAUUUUUCUUACCUUAGAAGGUUUUUGGAAUGAUUGAACACUUUCCACCGAGUGUCCCAUUAUAAUAACCUUUGAUCUGUAAUUCCAAAGGCAGUAUCUCUAGUUAAGAAUGAAUAUUAAAUUUCUGCAGGUGUUCAUUUUUAUGUAAAUUCCUUUUUUUACAAUUAUUUUUUAAAGAACAACAAAUAUCCUACAGAUAAUAUACAUUUUAUAUGGGUUUAUAUGGACGUGGGGUUGUUCUGUAGUUCUUCUGUGUGUCUAAGCUUCUUAUUUCAGGAAGGGCUAAGAAAAGCAUAAGGUAUUUGUAAUCUUUUAUUCAUAUCUUUAUGACUUACUGUAUGCUGAUAAUUAACUUACAUACAAUUUUAAAUUAAGAAAAUACAUUUUUGGACAAGUAAAUACAACUUGAUUUUUUUUUUUUUUUUUAAAUUCUUAAUAUUGUCUCUAAUACAAAGGUUGAUUUGCAAAGCAAGUUUUUUGUGUUAUUGAUUCAUACUGGAAUGACAUGGAAAAUAAAAUUUAAAAAAGGCACAAACGUAAUCUUGAACAUGGCUAACUCAGUGCGGUUAAAUGAAAGACCACUUUUCCUUCGUAGGGAUCGUAGAUGUUCUGAUAAGCGAUGUUGUUGGCCAUUACCCUGCACUGGAUCACCGCAUGCCUCUGGUUAAUGAGAUCAAAUUUUACAGCCACCAGCGGAUUCACGUAGGAUGGCUAGGAGAGAAUACAACACAAGUUCACUGAGACGUGAUGUUUACAGAUAUUUCUAUGAAAGAGCAGAAUACACGUUGAAGGUGCUGACCUGGGCCAGCUUGCCAUAGUAUGGAAAGUAUGAGAGGUCGAGAGUUCCAUUAACAGGAUAGUACUCAUAGCCACGAACAUUAUCUUGACCCUCCUAUAAACAGACAAACGCUUCCCGUUAGGCUUAUCAGUGAUAUCAGUGUUUGACAUCCAUCGACUAAUAUGGUCCACACUCACCAGCACGGUGCAGUUCACAUAUGGUGCGUGUCCUGUUCCGUUGUUUGGCAGGAAAUUGAUGACCUGAGAACAACAACGAGUAAAUACUCAAAUUCACUGUAAGCCAGCCUUUGGAUUAUUUCUACACAACCCUAACUUACCCUGUUCAUCUUGAUGAUUACACAUGGCUGAGCAGUGUUGUAACCAAAUGUGGGG